GAAAAGCAUGAAACAGAGUAGGCAUUGGUAAAAGCUGAAAAGAAGAAAACAAAGAUCCACCUCGAACCUCCCUCCACUCUGCGUCUUUCUUUCGCUCUCAACUGAGCUAAGAGGCUUUGGAUUUACAGCUCCAAUUUGGGAUUCACUGCUAUCUGUAAAUAAUUAUGAGGGAAGAAGACUCAAAUUGGUUCUCCAGAUGGGAGGAGGAGCUGCCAUCCCCGGAGGAGCUUAUGCCUCUGUCCCAAUCCCUAAUUACUCCUGAUCUUGCUCUCGCCUUCGACAUUCGACCCAACCAUGCCCAACACCAACAGCCUCCUCCUUCGCCUUCCUCGGCUCUACUGCCCCCUUCUCAACCCUCCUUGUCCGAAUUUGCCGCCGAUUCCGGGGACCUGGGAUCCGGGGCAGCCGGGGAUGAGCCCGCGCGCACACUCAAGCGGCCUCGCCUCGUGUGGACCCCACAGCUCCACAAGAGAUUCGUCGACGCUGUGGCUCAUUUGGGGAUCAAGAAUGCUGUCCCCAAGACCAUAAUGCAGUUGAUGAGUGUCGAUGGCUUGACGAGAGAAAACGUUGCGAGCCAUUUGCAGAAGUAUCGCCUUUAUUUGAAGAGAAUGCAAGGCUUGUCUGGUGGUAGCGGAGGCGGUGCCAACGGAGGAUCUGGUGGUGCAGGAUUAGGGGCCUCCGCUGAUCCAGCGACGGACCAUUUGUUUGCAAGUUCACCGGUUCCACCACACUUUCUUCAUCCUGGUCGAGCUAAUUCAGAGCAUUUCUUACCUUUCGUGCCAGUGCCACCACUGCAGCAUCACCAACAACAGCAGCAAAUGCUGGCGGCUGCGGUAGGGCAUCCUCAUUUGCAGUCUCAGUAUCAUCGGCCACAAAUGGGGCUGUACGGGUCAUCUCCAAAUAGUCAAUUCGAGCAUCCUUUCUUAGGCAGGCAGACGCAGCAACCAAUGCGCAGGAUGGGAGGGACGCCGGUGCACAAUCAAGCUCCCAGUAGUUAUGUGGAAGAUUUGGAAUCUGCCAAUGGCAAUUGUGGAAAGAAGGUUCUUACAUUAUUUCCUACUGGGGAUGAUUGAUUCAAAACUUUGGUAAUUAUUGACACCCUUUCUUCAAAUUAGCCUUUCUUCAAGUUUCAUCAUGUAGAGUCUUGGUGGGUAGUUAUUCAUAUUUCUGGCUUUUUAAAGCUAUCAUGAGGGGGUGCUGCUGAUCGGAAAUGAAUUUCAAUUUCUGAAUUUCAUCUUGAGCUUGUUGGCACUGUACUUAAUUUGUUACGUUUUUUUUACUAGACUCUGCUGAUCAUUGUUGCAGUGUCAGUUCUUCAGACUUCUAGGUCUGUAAAUAAGUUGUCCGUUGCAGACUGUUUUCUCUGUCAGCUUCUUGUGAUGGAUUUAAUCCUGAGCUCACUCUAAGCACCAAUAUGUUCUUUAGGCCUAUCAUGCUUGCAAUUACAUUGGUCUGCUGGUAUAAAUUAAUCUGGAUUUCUUUGUGGCUAUGGUUGCUGGGAAUCGUCUCAAUUAACUUAAAAUUUAGAGUCUGCUUGCAUGGGAGUCCUUUCAGCCAACAAGGUGGUUUUGAGGCUACAUGACUAAAAUUUGAACUUGAGGUGGGGAAAAAAGACAUAAUCAUCCCUAGUCAGUUUCUUUGUUUAUUGCAGUUGGUACUGAGAUUCUCAAGUUUCCAAAAUUCUCUUCUGUGUUAAUCAUUUGUUUGUCUUGGUUCAGUUUUAUGUAGAGGUAAGUUGUACAAUGUUUGACUCUGACCUGUGAUAUGAAA